AUGAAGCUGUCACUCCUAGGAGCUUUUGGCGAUGUGACUGCUGUUGAGCCGCUGAUGCUCCGAACACCGUACUUCAACGGCUAUGAGGUCUCACCAGCUCUCUCCAACAUCUGGACAGCAAGAACAUCGUGUGCAAAGCACAGCACCCAGGCCCCGGUGCCAGGUAGCACAUUUCGUUGGGGAGUGAUAAAGAGUUCGCUCACUGUCAGCUCAUUCUCCCUGGUCAAGCAUGUGCUGAGACGGAAAGGCUGCCGAGCACCUUGCAAGUCUGGAGAAGCAAAACCUUCCAAGGGAUUGAACCCCAGGGAUGAUUCCAUGAGGGGCACCCAGAGACACAGGGUAAGAAGCUCCAGGAAGAUGCCAGGCUCAGCGGGGCACAGGAGGCCUGCAGGUGGCAUCACAGAGAAAGUUCAAAGGCGGAAAAAAGCACUAGUCGGCCAAGACCUUGAGGACAGAUAUGCUGAACACGUGGCUGCCACCCAAACGUUACCCUGGGACAGCGGGAGAGCAGCAUGGAAGCGCCAACCAUUGCUUCCUGAAACCCACAAGAGAUGGCAGUUGUCAAAGGAGGACAUGCCAGCCGUCUACAGACCGAGUGUCACCGGUCUCUGUACUAUGCUGUGGAGCCCUUCAGGAUCCCCCCCCCCCACAAUUCCCUGGAGGUACAGCCAGGAGCUGGGCCAGGCCAUCAAGCAAGAACUCUGGGAAGCUCUGUGCAGUCAGGUCGCCACCCUUGAAAAUACAUAG